UAGGAUCUAAUUUUUUACAGAUGCGGAAUCUAUUGGAAAAGUUGGGAAUCGCUGAUCUGUAUGCUCAGUGACGGAUCCAAUAGGAGGAGGAGAGGGGUGGAGGUUAUAGGGUAUGCAUCCCCCUUCCCUCACUUUUUUAUAGAAGACGCAAAUGUGAUACAAAAUAUAAUGGUUCCUCCUCUUCCCCCUCCGCACGACCAAAAAUUCCUGGAUCCCCGUCACUUUGUGUGUUUUAUGUAAAAUACAGUGAAUUUUCUGCAUUUAUAAGUAACUUAUCCUGAAUACAAAUUUAUUCACUAAUUCUCGUCAAUUUAAUUUUUAUGAUUUUUUUUUUUAUUUGUAAAAAAGUUAAAAACAAUGUUAAAAAAUUGUAAAGUUGUCUUGGAAAAAUAUGCAUUAGAUCAUAAAACUAUUGAGAUUCCAAUAAUCGAAAAUUUUUCAAGCAGAAUUGCAAACAAUAGUGCUAAAACACAAAAAAUAUUUAAAAAAGCACAUGGAAAUAAAAUUCAGGCUUUAAAAAAAGCUAGGUUUACAGAGCACACAAAAAAGAGAGUAAUCUUAAUGAGAAAAGAUAAAGGAGUUGUAGCAGUUGUUUUUAAAACAGAUUAUAAUGAGAGCGAUUUUAAUACAGUUUUAAAUCAUCUUAUUCAGAAAUACAAAGUUAAAGAACCAGAGGAAAACGUUAUUAAUGCUAAAUUAAAUGAUUUUACAUUAAAAAGUUUGAAUUAUUUAAAUGCGAGUCAUGAUCAAGUUGGUAUUGAUUUUAGUAUAAACUCAUCUUUAACACCUAAUAAUGGAAAUCAUUCUAAUAAUGGAAAAGCUGGAUUGGAACAAAAACAAACUCCAAAUUCUGUUUCUAAGGAAAAAAGUUCAGUUUGCUUUUCUUGCAAUAAUUGCUUAAGUGGGAAAUGUAAAACCCAUGGCAAUCCUAUGGAAAAGUUAAAAAAAACUAAUGCUGUGCUUUCUCUGCCAUCUGGUAUGAUAAUUCAAGAGUCUUCAAUACCAAAUGCUGGUCUUGGUGUCUUUGCGUUAAGUGUUUUUGAAGCAGGCUCAUUGUUUGGUAAAAUGGUGGGUGAAGCUCUUAAUGAAAAAGAGUAUCAUGCAAGAGAAAACAAAGCUUAUGUUUGGGAGGUAUAUAAUGAGGAAAAUACCAAGGUUUUGCAUUAUCUAGACUGUCAAGAUGAAGAAAAAAGUGAUUGGAUGAGAUUUGUUAAUUGUGCUCGAUUUGAGGAAGAACAAAACUUGAUCGCUGAACAAUAUGGUGAUUCAAUAUAUUAUAAAGCAUACAAAAAGAUAAAUCCAGGGGAGGAGCUCUUAGUAUGGUAUGGUAAUGCUUAUGGCAAUGAACUGCGAGAGAUGUUCAUCCCUUCGAUAAUCCCUUUGUCUAGUCCAAACACAAAGAACAAGAUUUCUCCAUCCAAUGAGAAUUUUCAAGAAAUUUCUCAAACAAUUUCUGAUCAAAAGAUUAUAAAAAAGCAAAAUUUAAAAAAAUUAGAAACUCCAGAUAAUUUGGAUCAUGUCUCAGGAAAAAAUCAUAGAAGUGAGUAUCGUAAUAGCAACUCAGGUGUUUCUAAAACGUUUGAAUGUCCGGACUGCUUUUUGACGUUUUCUGAUGAACUAUAUUUACAGACUCACAAGCGCGCUUUUCAUUCAAAUAUAAAAAGCUAUUCUUGUUCUUCUUGCUUCAGAAAGUUUGUUAGAGCCGAUAAUUUGUAUUUGCAUAUUUCCGCUGUUCACGAAAAGGUAUCACCAUUAGUAUGCAAUAUAUGCAAUCGAUGUUUUGAACAAACCGGUUUGUUAGAGCAACAUUUAAAGUUACACUGUGAAAAGUGUGGAACACCUCAUAAUGAUGCAAGCAGUUUAAGGAAACAUAUUAAACAUUGUCAUUCGGUAUCCGAUGGUGAUCUAUCCGAGGAUACCUUUAAAGUAUUUUGUGAUGGGUGUGAUACAACUUUUACUGAUAUUAAACGACACUUUCGUGUAAUUCACAAAAGAAAAAUUCAAAGCAAAUGUGCUGUGUGCGGGGAAUGUUAUGUGAAUUUAGGCUCUCAUAUGGCCAAGCACAAAAUAAAACUUGAGCCAAUUGAAGACUAGCGCUCUUUAUUAGUAUUAUUUUCGUGUAUUUCACUAAAGUUCAAAGCAAUCUUUUUGUUCGUGGA